GGGCACAAUACGCAACGGUUCUUUUUGUCUUCUUCGCUGGUCGGAGCAUUUUAUAUUUUAUUCCUCCUUGCUUCCUACCACCAGGCCUUUUCCCGAUUUCCAAGACCUCACGCGCCGCUUGACGGGCAUGAUGAUACGACACCUAUCCACAUUAUGCGCACUUUUGGUUGGCGUGGCUGCUGCCGCCGACUCGAACGUUUCUGUAGUCUGCGUUCCUGGUGAAUGCAUCCAGGGCACGACUAACAUCACGAUUGGCUCCAUUCUCUCCGCGGAUGGCCAAGACACACCAUUACAUCUCCUACCCGGCACUUACGAUGAAGACACGAGCCCACAACUGCUACAUGACAUGCUCACCUCGUCGUCCGCAUCCCUCACCCCCUCGGACGGCUUCGAGAACUCCUCAUCACUGUCUUCCCUCCCCCUUGAGCUUGAGGUCGCACCAGGCUUCUCUGCUUACUCGAAGCUCCUGUACUCUGGGUCCGCCUCAUAUCACGAACUACCCUCUUCACCAUCGAACUUCUCCAACUCUACCUCCAUCUCCGCCAAGUCGAUAGCGCUCGCGUCCAACACAUGGGUGGCGAUGAGCGGUGGCUCGAACGAUCGCCUCGUCUUCUGGGAAUCCAUCCCAGACGUCUCACAGCUGCCGACCAGCAGCAAUGGCAACUGGACCCUCCUCGACAUGCAGUCCACCCGGUGCUCCCCAUCAUGUUCCAGCAACGGCAUCUGCACAUCGUCCGGGACUUGCGCAUGCGCCACAGGCUUCACCGGCAGCUCGUGCGAGCAGUGCGAGGACGGGUUCUUCGGGCCGUCAUGUACCAAGUGCCCCGAGGGCUGCAAGGACUGCGACGACGGCAUCUCCGGUACCGGCGUCUGCCUUUCAGUCUCCAUCGACAACGACCCUUCCUCCUGCAACUGCCUCAACGGCGCGUGCGGCUCCGACGGCUCCUGCUCGUGCCUCCCGGGCUGGACCAAGGGCGACAACGGCACGGAGUGCGCCGGCUGCGCGGACGGGUACUUCCUCUCCACGACUGGCGAAUGCAAGGUCUGCUUCGCGGGCUGCGAGAAGUGCGCGGAUGACACCGGCGCCUGUCUGUCGUGCAAGGACGGCUUCACGCAGGACUCGGCGGACAAGACGAAGUGCACCGCACCAUCGCAGACGGACUCGAGUGGGGCGACGUGCCCGAAAGGAAGCUUCAACGACAAUGGGAGCUGCAAGGUCUGCGACAGUGCGUGCGACACCUGCACGGGCGGGACGUCGAAGGACUGCGCGUCGUGCAAGUCCGGGACGUACUUUUUGGACGGGUCCUGCGUGUCGGCGGGCUCGAAUGGUGUUUGUGAGGGUACCACGCUCAUUGCGGACAACAACAAGGGCGAGUGCGACACCUGCGGUUCCAAAUGUACUUCGUGCGAGAUCAAGUCCUUCGACGUCGCCUCCACGGUCGACAAGGCGACUUGCACGGGAUGCAUUCCUGGUCACUUCCUCUCUAACGGGCAAUGCGUAUCAAGCUGCCCCGAUGGCUCCUUCAUCGACCCGAAGGACAACAUGACCUGCACCGCCUGCGACUCGAGUUGUGCUUCCUGCGCGGGAUCCGCUACAACCUGCCUGACCUGCGCAAACAACCGUCUAGCGACUGCUGACGGAAAGUGCGUGACCUCAUGUCCCGACAAUGCCUUCAGCUCUUCGGGGAAGUGCAUCACCUGUCACCCAGACUGCGCGACGUGCUCUGGUUCGGCGUUCAACCAAUGUUCGAGCUGCCCGUCCGACCGCCCCGUGUUGAGCAACGGCCGCUGUCUACCGACUUGCAGCCAGUCGCAAUACUACGAUGCGACUACCUCAAGCUGCCAGUCAUGCGACUCGAGCUGCUCGUCUUGCUCGGGCCCGGGCUCCGACGAAUGCCUCGCGUGCUCCAGCGCCUCGCAGGUCCUUCGCGAGGGCUCUUGCGUCGCAGCCAACUGCGACAACAACGCCAAGGUCAUCUCCGGCCUUGGCGUCUGCCUGAGCGAGCUCGUCAAGACCACGCCCACGGGCACGGGCUCCGGGUCCACGCCCACCGUCACCGGCAUCGACAGCCCGACGGUCAUCAGCUCAAAGGACAAGCUCGAGUGGUGGCAGAUCCUGCUCAUGGCCCUUGGCUGCGCCUUCAUCUUCAUGGUCGUGCUCAUGCUCUGGCGCCGCCACGCGCGCAAGCGCCGCGCGAAGCUCACCGCCAAGUUCGCGAGCGCGAAGAACCUCGCGCACCGCGGCGGCUGGCGCGACCGCCUCGCGCGCUUCUUCGGCGGGAGCGGGCACGGGCGCGACGCGGACAAGCGCCGGUACUACGUCGACCCCGAGGUCGGCGACGCGUACCGCAUGCGCCGCCUCGCCGAGACAGAGAGCGCGCGGAACGAGAAGGAGAUGGAGUCCCUGCUCGAGGCGUACGAGCGCCCCUCGCACGACCUCAACCGGCUCUCGGGGCCCUCGCUGUACUCUGCGAUCACCGGCAAGCCGCGGAGCGCGCCCGAGCCGAAGCAGCCCGUGCGCGACGAGCCCGCGCUCCGCUCUCGCUUCUCUGGCAGCAGCUGGAGCGGGGCGAGCGGCUCGAUGUACACGGGCGAGUUCGGCAAGUCGCGCGGCGAGACCGAGGCGGAGGAGUACGCGAACCGGUACAAGCCGCAGCUGGCGGCGAGCCCGCCGCUGCCAGGCAACUACUGGUUGCACGCCGAGCACACCGGUGCUACGGGCGCGUCUGGUGCGUCGAAGAACCCGUUCAGACGGUAGCUUUGAGCGCAUAGAUAGAUGUUGUCCCAUUGAUGUUCUCUACUUUAUGGACCUUGCGUCAUUUUUCGUUCCACUGGCUGCGUUCGACUUGACGAUGUAGACAUGACCCCCUGGACUUGACUGCCAUGCCGCACUUAUGUUUAUAGCCGUAUCUAAUACCUUAUCUGCCUGUAGCUCCUAGUACUGCUCAGUCUCUUGCUUUACCUACCUUCACUUGCAUGAUACCUUCCGACAUUGACAAUGGAUUCGGGAUUUCGUCUGGUCACAAAA